AUGGACGCUGAAACUCUUGAUAGAGUUAUUGCAAUCAUAGUGGAUACCAUCCACAACAUUCAGAAAGCCCUGACUAAGCCCGGAGGUAGGAAUAAACUUUUCUUUUUCAUGAUUGUUAACAAUAUUAGAGGAGUUGUGGCUUUUUCAGAGUUAUUAAAACGAAUUUCUGUUUAGUGCGUAUACGGGCGGAUCCGAAGAUCAAGAACCCGGCCGUUGACGCAGUAAGUUUCUUUUUAUAUUUUGAGAAUGAUGAGUUACAGAAAUCAAUGCAAGAGUAUAUAUAGUCUGUGUGCCACGAUUUGAAAUUUCACGGAACGACAUUCCGCUGUUCCGCUGCGUGCGUUCGCGAAGCGUCUUUCGAAUCUAGAUCACGCUUUCAAUUGAUUUUUAUUGCUGUGGGAGCACAUACAAGUAGAUUACCUUAAUAAAAAAAAAAAAUUAAAAGCGCGCAGCGGCACAGCGGAAUGUCGUUCCGUGAAAUUUCAAGUCGUGGCACACAAACUAUAUAUAUAUAUAAUCAUUUAAUGUCUAUAUAACUAUUUGUUAAGGAAUCAUCGUUGAAUGACCUCCUCAAAAGAUUUCGAAAUCAGACUAAUUCCGCCGCCGUCUUGGCUGACAUGGCGCACAUAGGUUAUUUUUUUCAAUCUAUUUUCUAUAGUCAAUGUUUCCCGACUUGAAAGGCGAGAAAGGCGGGGCAAAGGGCGGGACGCGUAGCGUGCGCGUUCGCGGUUCUUGGCACGAGUUUAAUUCAAGCGCACCGACUAUACAAAAAAAGCUCGGUCACCGCUCUUUUUUUUAAUAUGUCCUACUAUUUUUUUUAUGCACGCAUCAAAAAAAAAUCUAUAAAUUGUUUUAAAAAGAGUGAAAAGAGCGAUAAACGAGCUUUCCAAAUAGUCGCUGGCGGUUGAAUUGAACUCGUGCCAAGAACCGCGUACGCAGACGCUACGCGUCCCGCCCCUUCGCCCGCCAGCCUCGCCUUUAAAUUUGGGAAAAAUUGACUGUAUCAAGUUUGUAAAUUUUUGUACUAUUUUGAUUACAUUCAUGUAUUUAUUGUGUUUUAUAGGGCAACCGGCAAACAAUGUCGAAGCCGACGUGUUAAGUCGCAUUAAAGACACGCUGCGCAACUCUUUCGACAAAAUAUCCCUCGAAGAAUCUUCAAUGGAUUCGGAUUCAGCGAGAUCGAUGGCCACCACUUCAUGA